UUGGUUAGCCUAAACGGCAGUUGGUUUCUAAAUAUGACGUUGAGCCUUUCAUACGUAAUUAUAUGUCUUUCUCUGUCAUGUCUUGUCGUGACAGGACAAAAUGAUGGAAAGACUCUCAGAGAAAAUAAAUAUGACUUCCAGUCAACCCUGAAAGCGCAUCGAAAGGGAGAAACGGCGAAAAACUUUGUCCACAAAGACACGACAGUAGAAACGGAAGUGGAAUACGUGGCAGCAGCAUUACAAUAUGCCCCGUAUGAUGACCUCUCCGCGGGAGGUCUAGCUGUACUGGAGGAAAAUGCGAGAGUAUUUAUUCGCUAUGCUGGAGAGGCCAGAGGCAUGGGCGCCCAAAUCAUCGUGUUCCCAGAAUAUGGAUUAACUAGCCUGAACCUCGGGUUGACCAUGGGCACUUUUCUGGCCCAAACACAGGUCGUUCCGAACCCAGAGGACAAAGAAGUACCCUGUGAAUACGGCGACGUCAAUAAUUCGAGCAAAAUCAUGAAAGAACUCAGUUGUGCAGCGAAGGAAAGUGGCAUAUACUUCGUGGUGGACCUUGCAGAGCAGUCAAACUGCUCUGAAAUUGCCUUAGGUGAUGAAGACCUUCCAUUGAGCCAGAACAGCGAUGCAUCCGGUGACCCCUCUGGCUGCAAAUUCCACAAUACCCAGGUGGUUUUCGACGAUGCCGGAGCUGUUGUGGCCAGGUACCGAAAGAAACACCUAUUUUUGGAACCCGUCUUCACCCCAGGAACAGAUCCCGACUCCACUGCUAUCUUCGAGACCUCGUUUGGUGUAACAUUUACGUUGUUGAUUUGCUUUGAUAUACUCUACGAACGUCCAGCUCUUAGCAACAUCUACAACCUAGGAGUACGAGAUGCCCUACUGAGUACAGCUUGGAUAGAUGGACUCCCAUCUCUUUCAGCUCCCCAGGUCUGGAAGGGUUUCAGUCAAGGAAACAAUGUAAAUCUCGUUGCGGCCAACCAGGUGGGUUUUUGGGGGCAGGAAUCUUCAGAGGUGUGUAUUCUGAACCAGAAUAUUAUACCUAUGAUACUUCUUCAGGCAACAAGCUCAUAGUGGGAAAAGUGAAAACGAAGUCAGCUGUACCAUCUGCAAAAAUCCAUCAAUCAGCUAACUCUGAAGUUUUCACUUAUAAAGAUUUUUACGGUUUGCCUUUGUUGGGCCCAUCACAGGUGGAAGGGAGGCAAACAAAUACAAUGGAGGUAAUAGUGAAUGGAAAAAAGAAACAUAAGCCACAUAGAAACGAGAACAUGGAACAUAAAUAUUUGCAUGAGGACCUCAGCCACUACAAUCACGUCAUCUUAGAGAGAACCUCACCAGGUGUCUUUGGUGGCCAAAAGCUUUGCCAUGAGGACGGCCUGUGCUGUAAUCUGAGUUACGAAUACCCUGCUGAACAACCUGAAGAUAUUGUUUACAUGCUCAUCGCCUACAGUGGUUUAGUGGAACAUGGCGAAGGCCUCUAUCACCAGUACGUGCAGGAUUGCGGAGUAAUACUUUGCCUAAAUGAAACUAUCGACAGUUGUGGUUAUUUUGAAGAAACAUAUAUUCCUGACUCAGCAUUUAGAGCAUAUUCUCUUUCUGGAACAUUCACUGGCCAUUAUAUCUAUCCCUCCGUUUUCACUGACACCUUGCAGCUUUUUAGUGCUGAAAAAUGGAACUAUACACUCAGUGAAUCGCUAGACCAUUACCACGCGAUCAUACAUCUUCACGAGGAAGUGAAUGACCUCUCCAUGUUGAGUUUGUAUGCCAGAUGGUUCUCCAGGGAUCCAAACCACUAAAAUAUCAUGAACAGCCUAAUAAGAUGAAAAUUUCUUUGAGUUAGAAUUGUUUUUAUAUAUUGUCAGUGGUAUUAACGUAGGAUAUUACCCACUAUGUUUUAAAAUUAUUCGACAUUUGAUUACGGUGAGUUAUGUAUUAAAAAAUAAUA